CUCACACAUCAGAAGAGCAAGAAGCCUCCACAUCAUGUGCCACAUACCCGUCUUCUGCUGGAUCUCAGCCACUGUGCUUCAGAACAUCCUGAAACAAGAUCUCAGUGCAGAAGUCCCUCACACUCUGACUGAAAUGUACAUCUACUUCCUGCUCAUUCAAACAAAUAUGAGGAACCAGAAGUAUGAAGAGAGACAUCCAGAGAAACUCCUGCAAUCCAACAGAGAAGUGAUUGUGAAACUUGCUGAACUGGCUUUCAAUCAGCUGAUGAAGGGCAAUGUGAUGUUUUAUGAGGAGGACCUGAGAGAGAGCGGCAUAGACGUCACUGACGCCUCUGUGUAUUCUGGGAUUUGCACUGAGAUCUUUAGGGAGGAAUCUGUGAUUUAUCAGAGGAAGGUUUACAGCUUUGUACAUCUCAGCUUUCAGGAGUUUUUUGCAGCACUGUAUGUGUUUUACUGCUAUUUACACAAGAACAGUGAGGUUCUGAAAAUGUUCCUGACAGGAAAGUCCAGAACUCAGUGUGAGGAUGUUCCUCUGGAUGUGUUUCUGAAGGGAGCAAUGAAUAAAGCUUUGAAGAGUAAAAAUGGACAUCUGGAUCUUUUCCUUCGAUUUCUUCAUGGCAUCUCACUGGAGUCCAAUCAGAGACUCUUACAGGAUGCACUGAUACACACAGAGAACAACCCAGAGAGCAUCAAGAAAAUAAUCCAAAACCUCAAACGAGGUCAAAAAAACAAUGUCAGUCCUGAAAGAUGGAUGAAUCUGUCACACUGCUUGAUUGAGAUGAAGAAUAACUCUGUAGUUGAGGAAAUGCAGGUAUUUUUAACGUCUGGAAAGAAAGAAAAAAAUCUUACUCUUGCACAAUGUUCAACAUUGGCAAACAUGAUCCUGAUGUCGGAGGAGGUGCUGGAUGAGUUGGACCUAAAAAACUAUAAAAUCAAGUCAUCAAAAGAGGGUCAAUGGAGACUGUUACCUGCUGUGAGAAACUGCAGAAAAGCUCUAUUGGCAGACUGUCAUCUCUCUGAUCAGCACUGUGAAAUCCUGUCUUCAGCUCUACAAUCAUCAAACUCUUCUCUGAGAGAGCUGGACCUGAGUAACAAUGACCUGCAAGAUUCAGGAGUGAAGCAGCUCUGUGCUGGACUGAAGAGUCCUAACUGUCAACUCAACAUACUGAGAUUGUCAAGCUGUCAUCUCACUGAUCAGCACUGUGAAAUCCUGUCUUCAGCUCUACAAUCAUCAAACUCUUCUCUGAGAGAGCUGGACCUGAGUAACAAUGACCUGCAAGAUUCAGGAGUGAAGCAGCUCUGUGCUGGACUGAAGAGUCCUAACUGUCAACUCAACAUACUGAGAUUGUCAAGCUGUCAUCUCACUGAUCAGCACUGUGAAAUCCUGUCUUCAGCUCUACAAUCAUCAAACUCUUCUCUGAGAGAGCUGGACCUGAGUAACAAUGACCUGCAAGAUUCAGGAGUGAAGCAGCUCUGUGCUGGACUGAAGAGUCCUAACUGUCAACUCAACAUACUGAGAUUGUCAAGCUGUCAUCUCUCUGAUCAGCACUGUGAAAUCCUGUCUUCAGCUCUACAAUCAUCAAACUCUUCUCUGAGAGAGCUGGACCUGAGUAACAAUGACCUGCAAGAUUCAGGAGUGAAGCAGCUCUGUGCUGGACUGAAGAGUCCUAACUGUCAACUCAACAUACUGAGAUUGUCAAGCUGUCAUCUCUCUGAUCAGCACUGUGAAAUCAUGGCUUCAGCUCUACAAUCAUCAAACUCUUCUCUGAGAGAGCUGGACCUGAGUAACAAUGACCUGCAAGAUUCAGGAGUGAAGCAGCUCUGUGCUGGACUGAAGAGUCCUAACUGUCAACUCAACAUACUGAGAUUAUCUCAGUGUUUGGUGACAGCAGAAGGUUGUGCUGCUCUGGCAUCAGCUCUGAGUUCAAACCCCUCACACCUGAGAGAGCUGGAUCUGAGCUACAAUCACCCAGGAGAUUCAGGAGUGAAGCUGCUCUCUGAUACACUCAAACAUCUGGAUAAACUCAAUGUGGAUCAUGGAGGAGAGUUCAGGAUCACAGCAGGACCUCAAAGAUACGCCUGUGAUCUCACACUGGAUCCAAACACAGCAAGCAAACACCUCGUUCUGUCUGAGGAGAACAGAAAGGUGACGCGUGUCUCUGAGGAGCAGCUAUAUCCUGAUCAUCCGGACAGAUUUGAUGUGCCUCAGGUUCUGUGUUCAGAGAGUCUGACUGGACGCUGUUACUGGGAGACUGAAUGGAGUGGAGAUGUUCACAUAUCAGUGGCUUAUAAAGAAAUCAAGAGGAAAGGAGGGAGUAAAGACUGUUGGUUUGGAGGUAAUGUGAACUCCUGGAGUCUUUUCUGCUCUGAUCACAGAUUCACUGUCCAUCACAAUAAUAACUCCACUGAGAUCUCUGCUGCUUCAGACUCCUGUAAGAGAGUAGCAGUGUUUCUGGACGAGUCCAGCGGCUCUCUGUCCUUCUACAGCGUCUCUGACACACACACACUCACACACUUACACACAUUCACACACACAUUCACUCAACCUCUACACGCUGGAUUUACAGUUUAUCCGAACUCUUCUGUGUCUCUGUGUCACAUUAAACAUUAAACUCUCACACACACACACUCACACACACUCACACACACACAGUGAGUGUGUAAUGAUGUGAAAGUGUGUUUUAAUCUGAACUCCAGAGAAUCUCAGCUUCAGGAAGUUGAAUAUCAGUUUCCUGUUUCAGAUCAUCAGGAUGAAGAUGUUUCAGAGACUCUCUGUGUUUCUGUCAGCUCAACACUAAUCACACACACAUACUGACACAUAUACUAGUGUUUGUGUGAAAUAUGUCAUAUUUACACUCAUAUUUCUCAGCUUUAUUUUCAGCAGUUCAUGUC